AUGCGUCGUAGGAGUGUUUGUAAGGAAGAAGAAAGACUCAAAAGUCUUUGUCAAUAUUGGGAAGGUGUCGCUCAUGAAGAAAAUGUCCCCGAUGAAGCAUUGGGAAGAAUACGUGCUGCUAUCGGCAAAUCAGGUCUUUUAUUGAAUAAGAAAUUUCAACAGUUUAGGAAGUUAUGUGGUACUAGUGAUGAUGUAGAAAAUGGUCGAGAAACCAAAGUAUCCGAUCUCCAAGGAUUUUGGGAUAUGGUAUUAAUCCAAGUUGAUAGUGUUACCGAGGCAUUUAAGAGUUUACAACUUUGUAAAGACAAUGAUUGGGCAGAAAAUGAUGAUUGUAAAAAUGUAGUCAAAACUUCUUCAUCUAGUAAGCGAAAAGUAAUGCUUAGACAAUCAGCGGUAGAGAAACAAGCUACUGAACCACCACAGCCUUCACCGCAGGCAGAAGAGAAAGCUAGAGUUAGGGAAUUAUUUAGAAAGCAGUUACAAGAAAUGAAAAAGGAGGGCAGAAAACGAGUGCCUAAAAGAAUGUCCGAUUCGAUUGAAAUCUAUGCACCCGAUGUUAUGAUCAUUGAAUCCCCGUCUAAUUAUAAAUGA